AUGACGCGUGCUGGAUUCAAGGGUAAGGUGCUCGGUAAGGAGAAGAAGCAGGCGCUGCUGGAGUCCCGCAAGAAGGCGAUCGCCUCCCGCAAGUCACGCGAUGACCGCCGCUGGAAGCGUGUGCUCGCCACGAUGGACGCGGAAAAGCGCAAGAAGUACCACGGCGUUGGCAACACCGCUGAGCACUCCCGCGUGCGUGGCGCCACCCGCGCCUCACUCCGCAAGCGCACUGGCCGCAAGCCCGACAACAUCGCCAUGGAGGCCACUAUCCACCUUUCCAAGCUGCUCAAGAAGAAGACCUUCCACAAGCGUGCGCCCAUCGCCAUCAAGCGCAUCAAGUCUUUCGUCGGUAAGCUGAUGAAGACCAAGGACAACCGUGUCGACGCAUCCCUCAACACCUACAUCUGGCACAAGGGUGUGAAGGGUGUGCCCGGCCGUGUGCGUGUCCACGUGGAGCGUAAGUCUGAGACACUUGAGGGUGGCAAGCGCAAGCACUUCUACACUGUCAUCUCCAACGUCCCAGUCUCAACCUUCAAGAACCUCACAACAAAGGUGAUUGAGCAGUAG